GAAUUGGGGGGACCUCGUUAUUCUUUAAAUACUUAUAAUGUUAACUGAGUCUAUGCUGUUGACCUAAAAUUGUGCGUUCAAUCAUGCAGUACUUCCCGAAUGUGUGCUUAGUCGCGGUCAUAACGAUCCAAUACGUACUGUUGUAUGGACUGUACGAGUACAUACAUGAAGUGGACAUCAAGUGUUCGGCACUGGAGGCAGCGGCGAACCAUCGGCCUCGCCGGAAUGUGGAUAUCGCUGAGAACUCGGUAUCUUCAAAGACCGAAAGUGGCGGAGAAAAAGUGGAAUUCAUCAAUCCGAAUUUCCGACCUAUUAUUGAAAAAGAAACCAACGCUAAGGGAGAACCACCAAACGGCACCAAAGAGGAAUGGUAUUGGCUCAACGCCUACUCGAGGAUACCAGUAGCUGCUCUUCAGGGUUUCUGCUCAUCUACUAGAGACUAUUGUCCACCUGGGAAAGAGGGACCCAUAGGUCCUCGAGGGGAGAUCGGUCCGGGAGGACUACCAGGCAACAAAGGUGAACCAGGUCAGGAUGGUCCAAUGGGUCGUGAAGGUCCAAAAGGGCCUACGGGACUACCAGGGCCGGUUCGUAUAGGUUUAGAUGGACGCGAUGGUAUUCCUGGAGAGCCCGGAUUGGAUGGAAUGCCUGGAAAAUAUGGUCUUGAUGGUUUUCCUGGUACUAAUGGUUUGCCCGGAAAGGAUGCAACAUGCUUCAAUGGAACCGAUGGAAAGCCUGGUGAAAUGGGACCAAUUGGACCACCCGGUCCUAUUGGCCCAAAAGGUUUAACUGGGCCGAAAGGUCGUCCAGGUAAACCAGGAGUUGAUGGUACUCCUGGAAGACCAGGAUUAAGUGCUUAUAAUUAUACGGUGAAUGGAAYUCCCACRUCAGAUUUUUUAACAGCUCCUAAUAUUAUUGGACAUUCUGAAUUAAAGAAUAUCACUGUAAAAGAGGGGGAUAAUUUAAGGUUACGGUGUGUAGCAACAGGAUCCCCAAAACCUACAAUUGUAUGGCAAAAACUUGAUACAACUACAGUACCAAUGGGAUCGUGGAGAGAGGAGACAGUCACUGGCAAUGCUAUAAAUAUUACUAAAGUUAAUAGACUUCAUAUGGGUCGUUAUAAAUGUAUAGCUGAUAAUGGUAUAGCUCCAUCUGCAAUACAAUAUUAUUCAAUUGAAACGCAUUUUCCUCCACUAAUUUCUGUGCAAAAUCAACAUGUGGCCGCUGCAGUUAAUCGUUCAACAUAUUUUGAAUGCGAAGUAGAAGCUUAUCCGUAUGCGAUUCACUACUGGGAACGAGAAGGAGACAUUAUAGAUAGCAAUGAUAAAUAUAGUAUAACCAGAAUAGAUGUUUCCAGUUAUAAGUUCAUAAUGCAACUGAAUAUAUCAUCGGUCAAUGAUGAUGAUAAUGGCACAUAUUACUGUGUGAGCAAAAACGAUGAAGCCAUCGUAGCUGGAAACAUCACUUUAUACAUAGUUGAUCCAACUUUGGUAACACCUCCACCUUAUGUUGACCCUAAUAAUAAAAUUAAGUUCGGUAAAGGACCUCCCGAGUUGAUUGGAGAAUACGAUAUAUGUCAACCACCCGUAAUCUGUCCAACUUGUCCAAAAUCAAAAGAAACAAAAGAGUGUAAAGAAGAAUUUACGAUUGAUGACUUGUUGGGCCAUCAGCCAUUAGCUAUACAACAAUUACACAAAGUCACCAAUAAAGGUCAUGCUAAUCGAACUUUAGACUGUCAAGUAUAUGCGGUGGGUAAACCUGUUUUCAAUAGGGUUUCGAAUGCUUCAUUUGGAAGUUGGAUGAAAGAUCCAAUGUCACGUGAAUCAAAUGAAACAAUUUGGAUGACAAUAAACGAGAUAAAUUCACUUUUUCAAUUUUCUAAUAAAUCAAUGUUUAAAGAUAAUAAACCAACAAAAACAUAUACCUUAAGUUACUCGUUCCAUGGAAAUAGUCAUGCGAUGUAUAAGGACUCUUUUUAUUUUCACGAAAAAGACAAACCAAUAAUUCGGAAGUUUGACAUUCUACAAGACAAAUACACAAAUUUUUUGACGGUCCCAUACUUAAAUACUUCUAACCUUAAAAAUCGUUUAUAUACAACCAAAAUGAAUUAUGUAGAUUUGGCUGUCGAAGAAAAUGGCUUAUGGGUAAUCUAUGGUCUGGAAGAUUCAAAUAAUACAGCUGUUCUACAUGUAGAUCCGGUGACUUUGGAAAUCGAGUAUGCUUGGAAUAUUAGCAUCAAACAUGAUCGAGCAGGAGAUAUGUUUAUCGUUUGCGGUGUAUUAUAUGCAGUACAUAGUGUAACUGAACGGAGUACAACCAUUAGAUUUGCACUGGAUUUAUACAAAAAUGUUCGAUUAAACGAUGUUGAUUUACCAUUCACUAAUCCAUUUGCACACACUACACUAAUCCAAUACAAUCCGCAUAAUAAAGAACUAUUUACUUGGGACCAAGGAAAUUUGUUAACGUAUCCAAUUAGAUAUAAUGCUAUGGGGUUAAAUAUUACUAACAAAGAAUUAGAUGAUGAAAUGAUUCCAUCUGGCAUAGAACAGAGUAAAUUAAAAUAAAUUAUGAAAUAUUUUAUAUUUUUUUAUAAAUUUUAAAGUCUAAUGUUAUAUUAUAUC